UUAGCCCGUUACACCGGAAGUUGUAGCAAAGGCGCGAAUAGUGUAAACAAAAAAUGUCCAGUUCAAGUAGGAAACUGUUAUGAAUACGACCCUUUUCAGUAUAUGUGUUUUUAUCUAACUGUGCUUAUAGUAUUGGUGGUGUCGGUCCAAAGCCUUUUAAAUAGUUUAGACUCAUUCGUUUUAAACGGAUAAGUGGUUAGAUUGUUAUGGUUAGCCAUAGAUGCCGACACUGAAUGUUAAGCUGGUACGGAGUAACAGGCUAGCGUUAAAGUUAAUUUAUUUUGUAGUACAGAAUAUGUCUAUAUAUUUUCAAACAGCCUGAGUCCUUCGAGAGGUACAAGUUCAAAAUGUCUACAGCUGUAAAGCAAGACUUUGUGGUGAAGUUUGUGGAAGGCAAAGGCUCUAAACCACAGCAUGCUGUCAAAGCAUAUAAGGCCAUUCUGGAGCUGCAGUCAGAGAAGUUUUUAAAAGCCAUCCAGGAGGAAGAAGUGUUACAGAUGGAUAAGAAGGACAGCUCUCUGUUUGUUUUCAGUAGCUUCACCACUCCAGCUUUCCUGCACUGCAAAAAGCUUGGUUGCAGAAUAGUGAGUCCACUGGUGGUUUUGCACUGCCUGCAGCAACAGCGUUGUGUCCCAAAAGCAGAAAAACCAGUGUAUAAUAUGGCAAUGGCUGAUAUUACCAUAUCCUGCACGAGCCUGGAUAAAGCAACUCGGGCUGAGGUGAUGGAUUUGGUGCAGCUCAUGGGUGGGCGGGUCUAUUGUGACCUUAAUGUGACUGUCACACACCUGAUUGCCGGGGAGGUAGGAAGCAAAAAAUACCUGGUGGCAGCCAACCUGGGAAAACCCAUUUUGCUGCCUACAUGGGUCAAAGCCUGCUGGGAAAAAUCACAAGAUAGCCUUUUCAGGUACACAGACCUGCCCGUUGAGGACUACCUGUGCCCCGUCCUGCUUGGAUGCAACGUCUGUGUAACAGGCCUCUCCGGCACGGAGCGCAAAGAGGUGCAGAGGCUCUGUGAGCAACACGGCGCCAAAUACACCGGCCAGCUCAAAAUGAACGAGUGCACACACCUCAUUGUUAGUGAACCGACAGGUCAGAAGUAUGAAUGUGCCAGGAAGUGGAACGUGUAUUGUGUGUCUUUGCACUGGCUGUUUGACAGCAUAGAGAAGGGCUUCUGUCAGGAUGAGAGCAGGUACAAGGUGCAGAGGAAUGCAUCAUCAACCAGUCGGCCUCACACUUCAACUCCUACGGGCACCAGCAAGAGAGAAGAUGGAUCAUCUCUCUUGGGUCUGAGCAACAUUUCUAUCAGCACUAGUGUGCCGGUAAACGACACGGCUCUCACCAAUUUCACCACCAGUCGAUUGGAGACGCCCGAUCCCAUAGACAGCGUAGACCUCACCGUGUGCCCUGCUGAUGACGUGCUGGACGGCUGUAAGUUGUAUCUAAGUGGUUUCCCCGAGAAGAAGCUGGAGAAGUUGCGGCGGCUUGUUAACGCUGCUGGAGGCCUGCGCUUCAACCAGCCUAGUGAGGAUCUCACUCAUGUAGUCGUAAGGGAAGUGGACCAGGAGCUCCGGAAAUUUCUGUCCACAGCGACUCACAGGCCGCAUGUGGUAACAGUGCAGUGGCUGCUGAACUGCUUCUCCAAAGGCACCCUGCUCCCAGAAGAGGGAUACCUCCAUCCUGAAUGUCUUCCUCCAGCAUCCGCUGCUGUGUCUGUCCCAGCUCAUCGCCUGGCCAGACCGCGGUCAUCAGUCGGCCCACCCGUCGCCAACCCCAGCACUCCCAGGGAACCAAUAACAGACGAGGAUCUUCUCUCACAAUACAUGGACGAUGAACCUACAGUGGUCGAUAUGCCACCACCAGCACCAGAGAAUAACGACACAAAGUCCUUCAGUGUCGCUGCAGAGCCUCAACCUGAAUCCUGGACCCCCAACCACACUAGAGGACCAGAGACAGACUCGCUGCUGCAGGACGGCCUGUUUUCUGGGAGAUCUUUCCUGCUUGUUGGCUUUGAUUCAGAGGCAGAGGCUCAGCUUUCGAUUCUGGUGAAGGAGCAAGGAGGGAAGGUGUUGAUGAGCCGCCAUCGAGCGGUAGCGGAUUUUGCUGUGGUCCCUCAGCUGGGAUGUGCAGUGGAGGCCACCGUGGAUGAGGUGGUCACAGAUACAUGGCUGGCCAUGUGUGUGGAGAAGGAGUCCCUCCUGCCGCUGUCCUCUAACCCUUUGUUCACCCCUGUUCCUGUGAGGGAGGGAUAUUUUCCUCUCACAGACUGCGUCCUCUCAGUCAGUCAGUUUACUGGGGCAGAGAGGGAGUCUCUGGUGGAGCUGGCCAAGCAUCUUGGAGCCAGUGUCCAGGAUUACUUUGUGCGCCUGGCCAACCAGAAGAAAGGCAUGCGGGCCAACACUCACCUGGUGCUACAGACUCCUGACGGAACAAAGUACCAGGCAGCUAAGAAGUGGGGGCUUCCUGCUGUCACCAUGCACUGGAUACUGGAGUCUGCUCGAACGGGGAAGAGGGCGGCGGAGGAGAGAUAUUUGGUGGAUCUCCCCUUGUCUCCAGAGAGAGAAGAAGAGAGCUUUGUCAGUGGAUCCCAGCAACCAGCUGAGCUCCACCCAGCUCGAUCUUCUGUUGAGAAGCCGUUGCUGGGUCCUCAGAGCAGCAAAGCAGUCACCCCGUUUGAUUCUGGCCGCGUUCAGAGCAAAGUGGCUUGUUCUUUGUUGAAUGAGAAUCCCAAAGAAAACCAGAACACUCCGAAACAGAACCAGGAGGGCUGCAGAAGGAAACCAGCCCAGAAGGAACCCGCCCUGCAGCUGGACACCCCCUCUCGAUUCCUGGUCAGAGACCAUCUCUUCAGGCCGUCUUUUAACUUCAAGGAGACGCUGAGAGAUCUGGAGACGCCUGAUGGAAGAUCGAAGCCUGUAGAAAGCGUGGAGACUCCACUAACUGAUGUAAUCAACAGGAACCGGAGAGUUGCUCUGGCCAACAGCUCAGGCAACAAGAUCUUAGAGAUGCAGGAGGUCUCUGCCAGCCCCCAGCUGGCACAGGAAACAAAAAAGGAGAUCCCACAGAAAGACUCUGGACCCUUGAGUGGUGCUGUGAUCUGUGUGGGGAAGAAACUGAUCAAAAUGCAAAGUGAGCUGAAUGCCAUCGCUGCCUCGCUUGGAGCUGACUUCAGGUGGGCCUGCGACGAUACAGUGACCCACUACAUCUACCAGGGUCGUGUUGGGGAUAACUCACGUGAAUACAAAGCAGUGAAGGAGAGGGGACUGCAUGUGGUCUCUCAGUACUGGCUGCACGCUUGUGCUGAGGAGCAGAGGCACGUCCCAGAGUCUCUGUAUCCUUUCACCUAUAACCCAAAGAUGAGUCUGAACCUGAGCCAGAUCCCCAGCAGCUCCCAGAGGUCCCCCCCUCUCACCCGAACACAACUCAAAGAAGCAGCUGAAUCCAGGAACAACAAGUCUGAGCUAGUCGCUGCAGAGGGAAGCACAGUCGGACAUCCGGUUGAAGGAGAAGAGACAAGUGAAACACCAGAGAAAAGAGACACUUUGGAAAUGAGAGAGAGCCUGCAAAGACAGCUUCAGGAGAUCAUGUCGGCCACCAAGAUGACAACGGGAAGGCGGACUUCUGUCAGACUGGCCAGGAUGGGAUCAGGGUUCACUGACUCGGGUCCAAACACGCCUGAAGGGGGCCGGGUUGGACGCAGUGGGAGCAGACGGACCCUGGAAGCUCUGAGGGUGUCUAGAGAAACGAUGAUGGACGUAAACACUGAGCCUUCCCAGAGUGAGCAGAUCGUUUGGGAUGAUCCUACAGCCAGGGAGGAGAGAGCCAAGCUGGCUGAUAAUCUACAGUGGCCUGGGAGUCCGUCUCAGCAUUCAGAGCCCCUCGUGGCGGCCCCCCCUCCCACUGCAGAAAAUGGACCACACUUCAAGGACUCCAUGACAGACUCUGAGCUGGUGGAGAUGGCUGCUUGUGAUGUUAUAAACCAGCAUAUGGGUCAGAAGGUCACAUCGCCUCCGUCAGAGGGUCCAGAGGAGGACAUGCUUACUCCUAAAGCUCCCAGCAUUGCCUUCCCUCUCCCCAAACCACUGGCAGCACCAGAGCCACAGGAAAAGGAGGAGAAAAAACAGCCGCCGAGGUUUCAGCUGUCAUCCCUCAGCCCUCAGGAGCGCAUUGAUUACAGUCAUCUCAUAGAGGAGCUCGGGGGCGUUGUCCUGGACAAGCAGUCUUUUGACCCCAGCUGCUCCCACAUCAUCGUAGGAAGUCCACUGCGUAACGAGAAGUAUUUAGCCGCCAUGGCAGCCGGCAAAUGGAUCCUGCAUCGCUCGUACCUGGAGGCCUGUCGCUCAGUGGGUCACUUCAUUCAGGAGGACGACUAUGAAUGGGGCAGCAGCUCAAUCCUGGAUGCUCUGCCCUCCAUCACCUCUCAGCAGAGGAGGUUGGCCUUAGCUGCUAUGCGCUGGAGAAAAGCUCUGCAGGGAGGCUCAGAACACGGCGGAGCUUUCAGUGGCUGGACUGUGAUGCUGAACAUCGACCAGAGCAGAGAGUCAGGCUUCAGGCGGUUACUGCAGUCUGGUGGAGCCAAGGUGCUGCCCAGUCCCUCCCCAUCGCUGUACAGAGAGACCACACACCUGUUUGCAGAUUUCAGUCGUCUCAAACCUGGAGACUUCAGAGUGGAUGUAGCUGAGGCCACAGCACAAGGAGUGACAUGCUUAAAACCUGAGUACAUUGCAGAUUACCUCAUGCAGGAACCAGCGCCACAGAUCGAGCUGUACUGUCUGACUGCAGCUGCUCCUGAAGAAGCUCCUGGCACUAAACGGAAAGUAGAAGCAGACACUUCCAGGCUGAAGAGGAGCCGUCUGAACUAAAUUGUUUGUAAUUGUUUUAAUUGUACAAAAAAUGUAUGUAAAUAAUAUUUUUUUUUGUUAAAUGAAAUGAAAUAAAAUUUAGCACCAGU